AUGUCUCUCCGAACUGCCGUCCAGCCUGACUCAGGGUCGGUGAAGAGAUCGGCAUCGUUCGACUGGGAAAAGCCAAGCAGAAUCAAGACCGCUCCAGCAGAUAUACAGAUUGGACACAUCGGCUCGUAUCUUGGCUCUCAGGGGACCCAUGUGGAUUUUGCCCGUCUGCUCAUCACCUUACACCCGAAUAUGCAACCACCUUGUAACAAUAUUCGAUGGAUAGACCCUACGACAGCAGAAAACUAUCAAGCGCUGGAGACACCCUCACCCUCAAUAUUACCUGGAGCGUUCGCCCAUGCCCCCCAUCUUCCAACCGCUCCAAAUCCACAUCUUCAGUUUAGAAACGGCCAGGCGUCUCACCCCUCUCUUCCCGACAGCGCCAGGGAAUAUCGAGGGCAUGGGUUCGCUGCCACCCUUGCCACUCCGCGUCGAUAUAUCAGAGAGCCAUCCCCUGAGUGCAAUUUCAGGAUCAUCAUGGAAGAUCCGGCCAAUUCAAAGUCUUACCGCGAGAAGGUGAUACGAACUGACGAGGAACGAGCACAGCAGAAGGAAGACGGUCGACGUUUGAAAGAAAUCGGCGGAGCAUGUAUUUCAUGCUACCAAAGCAAGAAGAAAUGUGGACUGGGUAAUUCUUGCCCACCGUGUAAACGAAGUGACAAAGAGUGCAUCCGAAAAUACCCUGGCAGCUCUAGUCCAUCUCCGAGUCGAUCCGACAGUGCGCAACCAUCUACGCCUGAGUCUUUUGGUCAAGGUUGUUCUCACCUGAAACUGCCUAGCAAAGACAACCCGGCAGACCUCCCUUGCUUUCCGGGUCCUCUAGACAAUCUAUCUACCAUGGAUCCGAGUAUCCCCUCGGUACAGUUGGGACAAUGGAUGACCUCAAAUGAUGACCAUGGCAGUAUUUCUCCUCUUGGCCUCAGCCUUGACGGCGCCUUUGAGGAGAACGGGCUCGGUUACUACUAUCCCCAGUUCGUAUAA